ACCCGACUUCCGGUUCCGGUGGGCGGGACCGGAAGUGGGCCCUGUCACUGUCGCAGCGGCCAUGGGGCUGCUCUCGGACCCGUACCGGCGCCGGGCCCUGUCCCGCCUCGUCCUCCGCCUCAACGCCCCGCUCUGCAUCGUGAGCUUCCUUCUGGGCCUGGGCUGGUUCCUGGGCCUGGCCUUCCACCCGUUCACGCUGCGCAUCUACAUGUCGGAGAACGCCAUGGGCUCCACGAUGGUGGAGGAGCACUUCGUCCAUGGCGAGCGCGCCCUCUCCUACGCCCGGGAGUUCGCCGGACACAAGAAGAAGGCAGGAGGGAUGCCGGUGGCCUGGCUGGAGAAGACCAUGUGGAACCUGGGCCUGGAGGUGUACAAGCAGACCUUCUCCCGGACGCUGCCCUUCCCGGAUGAGCUGCGAGAGAGAUACAUGGUGAAGGGGACCAACGUGUACGGGAUCCUGAGGGCCCCCCGGGGGGCCAGCACGGAGUCCCUGGUGCUGAGCGUCCCCUGCAGCCCCGGGCAGCAGAACAACCAGGCCGUGGGGCUCAUGCUGGCCCUGGCCUCCUACUUCCGAGGCCAGAUCUAUUGGGCCAAGGAUAUCAUCUUCUUGGUGAACGAGCACGACCUGAUUGGCAUGGAGGCCUGGCUGGAGGCUUAUCACGAUGUCAACGUCACAGAGCUGCACUCCUCGGGAAUGUUGGGCCGGGCGGGGGCCAUCCAGGCGGCCCUCUCCCUGGAGCUCAGCAGCGACGUCAUCACCAGCUUCGACGUGGCCUUGGAGGGGCUGAACGGGCAGCUGCCCAACCUGGACCUGGUCAACCUCUUCUACUCCUUCUGCCAGAAGAACAACCUGCUCUGCACCAUCCAGGGAAAGCUGCAGCGCUCGGACUGGGACUCCCUGCCGGCCUACUUGCACUCGCUGCAGACGCUGCUGCUGAUGGUGCUGAAGCAGGGCUCGGGGCGGCCCCAGGGGGACCACGGCCUCUUCCUGCGCUACCACAUCGAGGCCAUCACCCUGCGCGGCAUCAACAGCUUCCGCCAGUACAAGUUCGACAUGAGCACCAUGGGCGCGACCCUGGAGGGAAUGUUCCGGAAGCUGAACAACCUGCUGGAGCGCCUCCACCAGUCGUACUUCUUCUACCUGCUUCCCUCCCUCUCCCGCUUCGUCUCCAUCGGGGUCUACAUGCCGGCCUUUGGCUUCCUCAUCCUCAUCCUGGUCCUCAAGGCCCUGGACCUGUGGAUGAAGCUGAGCCAGUGUGACACGGAGGCAGAUGGCCAGGCCUGUGAUGGCGAACAGAGCCCUCGUAUGGUCGCUACAGAGGAGCCGAAGCCCAGCCUGCUGGCGCUGGUGCCCCCGCUGCUGAUCUGCCAGGCCACGGGGCUCGCCCUCUACUUCGUGCCCAUCCUGGGGCAGGAGAUGGCCACCCAGCACUUCCCCGUCUCCGAGUCGGAGGCCGUGGUGCUCACCGCCAUCGCCAUCUACGUCGGGGGGCUGGCGCUGCCCCACAACACGCACCGGGUCCUGAUGGGCUCCGGAGGGGACCGCGGCUGGAUGACGCUGAAGCUGGUGGCGCUGCUCUACCUGGCCAUGCAGCUGGGCUGCAUCGCCCUCGUCAACUUCUCCCUGGGCUUCCUGCUGGCCGUCACCCUGGUGCCCGUGGCCGCCAUCGUCCAGCCCACGGGGCCCAAGUACCUCUAUGCGGUGCUGCUGGUGCUGGUGACUCCGGCGGCCACGCUGCUCUUCUGCCUCUUCCUCCACGGGGAGCUCCUCGAGUACCCCAUCUCGCUGCUGGAGGGCUGGCAGCGCUUCCUGCAGGCCAUUGCCGAGGGGCUGCUGGACCACCACCUCUACGGCUCCGUGGUCUUCCCCUUCGUGGCCAUCUUCGUCUACCCCUGCUGGCUGCUGCUCUGGAACGUCCUCUUCUGGAAGUAGCUCCUUUUGCUUGGUGUUGCCUCCUUGCUGCCUUCGAGGCCGGGCCGGCUCCCGAGCUGCAUCUGGGUUGGACCCUGCCGCUUCUGGGACACAACGGGAAGGUGGCCAAAGAGAAGCCUGUGAUUCCAAAGCAUCGGCGGUCAGAAGGUCUCGGCAGAGAGCAACUACUGGUCUGCAGAGACUCUCUAGGGAAAGAAGGGAAGGUGAGAAAGAUCCUUCUCUCAGUGUCCGCAGCUCAAGACUCCUCUGGAGGAUGUCCAAUGGGCACAAAAAUAAGAUACUGUUCUGCAGGCCACCCUUCUGAACCCAAAGGCCUGGGGUCUGGCUGCAUGGGAAAAGGUUUGGUUGCUGUGUGUUUUCCGGGUUGUAUGGCCAUGUUUUAGCAGCAUUUUCUGACGUUUCGACUGCAUUUUCAGGUGAAACAUCAGGAGAAAAUGCUGUUAGAACAUGGCCAUACAGCCUGGAAACCAAACAACACUCCAGGGAUUCUGGUCAUGAAAGCUUUCAACAAGGGCAAAGGAUUAUGUACAGUUUCUUCAGAAAUAAAGACAGUUUUGAUGUGA